GGUGAUAGUACGUGUUGACUGGGCUUAAACAACAAUUCAAUAUAGGUCAUACGCCAUGGCGGGGGACACUCUGGAAUCGUCUACCCCGAACAUUGAGCAGCAUAACAGCUCCCAAGAGGCCUCCCAACAAAACAAGCCCAAGCAUGAAUUCCCCAAGUCACAGGUCGGAAAGCUAUGGGAUGCUUUUGGGAAUCCCGAAGAGUCUGCGAACGUGCUAGCAACGGGGGCUGGACCCUCUGGGAGGGGCUCGAAGGACGCUACGGUCACGGAAGCUAUGAAGUCAAUGUCCCUUAAAGAUGUCACAUCAUUCUACAAAGCACCAUGCGCACGAGACUCCCUACUGCUGGGUAUUGGAGCAGGGUUCGGAAUUGGUGGCAUCAGAGGUGUAUUAGGAGGAUUGCGCUCAUUAUGGACUGCUUCCAAUUGGGCUGUUGGCGCAUUUGCCCUCACCUCUCUCGCAGCGCACGAGUUCUGCCAGCGGCGUCGAGUACAAGAGUUGGACGGUAUGAAACAAGCUGUGGAGUUGAUGAAAGAGCUGAAGAUCAAGAAACAGCGAGAGAAGGAAGAGAAGGCUGCGGAGGUCGCGCGUUUGGCAGAGGAAGAGAAGAAAAAGAAGAGCUGGACGAACCUUUCGAACUAUAAGUUCUGGUAGUCCUUUCGCGCAUUUCCCGGAGUCAUGGAGUUUGCUGGGAUCGCUUUGUAAAUUUCGAGUGGGAUGUACAGUACAUAUUUCUAUCUCAUCAGGCUCCAGCCUGCCAAGGAAGAAUAGUUUCAUGAUCGCAUAUCAAUAUCCAAACCAACGCCAGCUCAUUCAUAUCCCAUGCUCCAUUGCAUCAAAAGUUGCGCCAAUCCAAGAAGAAAGAAAGAAAGAAAGAAAACUUGGGGGACCAAGGGCAAGUAAAA